CUUUUUUUAUCCUAAAUUCAUUACUAUUUCUUUUUCUACUUAAUUUUCAUAUUUUUCCAUAGCAGAAACUUUCGGUGUAACAAGUUAAAGAAUUUAAGUACGAGUUGAAUAGGUACUUCGGCUUGAAGAAAAGCAAAUAGUAAUCAUAACCUUUUCAUUUUUCUCUUGUUCCCAAUAGGACGAGAAAAUUAAACUUCAGAACAUAUAAUCAACAGUGAAAAAUUACCCAAUACGUAAGAAAAGAUAAUUGUUGAAAACGUAGAAAUAUCGAAAUUUCAACUCUAGUGUUGGUCUUUUUUUUCAAUUAAACUUUUUGGACGAAAAUACAAAGAUUCUUGACAAGUAAGUUCGUGAUAAAACGUUCGAGAAAUAUGAAGGCAUGACUUCGUUAUAUCACAUUGCAAUUUUUAAUAUUACUGAAUAUUACUUAUGAAAAGAAAAAGGAAAAGAAAGAAAAUUUUCUAUAGAAUUUCUUGUUUAAAGAGAUCACAUUUUGAUAUAUAAAAAAUAAUUGCUCAUUAAAGAAUGCAAAAAAAAGAAAUUAAUAAUAAAAUUAUAUUUAUAAAUUGCAUUAAUAAGGAAAAAAUAAUUUUUUUUUCAUCAAACAUAAAGAGAUAAAUAAAAAUAUGAUCAAACGAUGAUCUUAAAAGUAAAUCGUAUCUAUUCGUGACAUCUUUUAUAUCUUUCUUUCUAAUGUUUUCUGGUUGAUAAGAUUAUUAUUAAAUUGAACAAUCUUAUCAUAUUUUAUAACGAUAACUUUUUUGCGAUAAUAACUGCACUUCUUGAUAUUAAAAUAUAAAACAAAUCAAUGUGAAUGCUAAUAAUUAUCAAUUUAAGUGUUUAUCAUAUAUAAUUUUUUAAUAAUGUACCUUCAUAUUUUGAUUUAUUUAUUUAUUUUUUUUUUUUUUUUUUAUUUGAUAUACAAUUCUUUCAAAUGUUUAAAGCAUCAAUUUAACGUAUUAUAUUUUCUAUAAUAUUUUGUUUAGUCUUUUAUAUUUUUUUUAUGAUUAAUUUUUUCUUCAAGAAAAAAUUUUUUCAAAAACGAUUCAAUUUUUUCUAUCUAAUAUUUUUUUUGAAUUUUAUGAAAUUAUUACAAUAUUAUUUAUAUCGUUUGUUUUGUAAAAAAGGAAAUAAGUGCAUAUGAUAAAUUUUAAUAGAAAGUAUCGAUUAUUCGGAAUCUAUUCAUACAUUUUCAUGUAUAAAAUUUUUUUUUAUAUCUUCUUUGUUAUUAUUAUUCAAAUUACCAUUUUUGUAGUUUAUUUUUUUAUUAUUUAACUAUAAUUUUUUUCUUAAUGAUGUUCAAAUAUUUUUUAUUAUUCAAAUUCUUUUCUUCAUAUCUUUUCUUUGCUUUCUUAUUCUUUUUCGUUUUUCAUUUUAGAAAGAUUCUCGUUAUUAAAAUUUCCUUUCUCAGAAGUAUUCAUAUUUCAAACUUAGUUUAAUUCUUAUUGAAAAAGCUAGAAUAUUGCAACUCAAACACAUUUGCAUUUAAGUGUAAUUACUUGAUGCUUUAAUUUAAGGUCAUUAUAUUGUGGAAGCUAUUACCAUUAAAACUGAUUAUCUGGUAAUUUUUGUCCAUAAUAUAGCAUUUGUUUUUCAAACAAAUUAUUCAUAUCUAUUUAAAUUUACAAAACUCAAUAUUCAUUAAUUAAAAAAAAAAAUUAAGAAUCAAAAAGAAGUAAAGAAAUUUUUGUUUAAUAUGUUACGUUUCGUUUCGUUUGAAUGAAGUUUUUAGCACAGUGAAAGUGAUUGGGACAAAGUUUUGAACGAAGAAACAUCCAAGAUGUUCAUGGUCACGGCAUGCCUAGUCAGACAGUACGAUAUUUCAGAUCGUAAUCGACUGGUCGAUAGCUUGGUCAGAGUCAAGGUGGUAUCCAUGUAUAGAACACCGGUUCAUACGGAACCGCAUCAUUGUAGAUACGUCGAGGUGAUUACGUGAGAUGGCCGAUGUUGCCGAAAGUGCAGCCUUUACCGAUCCAGCUACGGCAAUCUCUCAUGGAAAACGACAUUUGUUAGUGCGAGAUUAUACCAUGGCUGUAACCGCAUUGGCACAAGCUUGUCAACUGCUUGCUGAAAAACAUGGAGACACUGCGGAUGAACUUGGUGAGCCUUAUUUGUUAUACGGUCGGGCUCUUCUUGGUCUAGCAAGAGAAGAAGCUGGAGUAUUGGGUGGCGGAGUACCAGGUACAGAAGAAACUGAAGAGGAUGAUGAAGAAGAUGAGGAAGAAGCUGAAGAUGAAAAAUUAAGUAACAUAGAUGAAAAAGAAGACGAGGAAAGUGAAGAUCAUACUGAUAAUGGUACGGUGAGCGAUGAAAAAGAGAAAACUGAUAUUGAGAACAAAGCUGAAGAUUCGAAAACUGACCAGGAAUUUAAAAAACCAGAAACUGAAAAAAAAGAAGAGAAAAUAGAAUCAAAUAAUGAAAAGCAAGAAGUUGAAAAAUCAGAACUUGAUAAGACAGAAGAUAAUAAAAUAACGAAACAAGUGAUAGAAAAGCCAGAAAAGGAAGAUGAGAAACCUGAAGCUGGUUCUAGUAAGGAUAUAAGUCACGCUAAUGGGCCAUCUUGUUCAUCUGAUCAUAAUGGAGAUGUAAAGAAAAAUGGAGAAAAUGAUGGUGAAGAUAUAGGAAAUGAAGACGAAGAGGAUGAAGUCAACAACCUACAGGUCGCUUGGGAAGUAUUAGAGCUUGCGAAAUUGGUGCUGCUAAAACGUGGUCAAACAGGUUGGAAAUUAUUAGCCGAUGCUUAUCGACUCUUAGGAGAAGUGGCUAUGGAGGGAGGAAACUUUCAAGGUGCUCUGAAUGAUCUGCAUCGGUGUUUGGAGCUUUUACAACAGAUUGAGCCUCGGGAGCCAAGAGCAAUAGCCGAGAUACAUUAUCAGCUUGCAUUGGCUCAUUCUUUGGGCAAUGAAUUCGACGCUAGCAUCGAAGAGUUUAAUAAAGCCACAGAAUUAUUGGAAACGCGUAUAAAAGAAUUGGAAGAAAUAAAAGAACCUCCUAAAACGGAUGAUUCUUUCUAUACUGUAGAAGGAGAGAUCCAAGAAUUAAAAGAACUACUGCCAGAAAUCCAAGAGAAAAUUUCAGAUAUGAAGGACUUCAAGCAAGAAGCUUGCAAACUUGUCAUAGAGGGUAUCAAAAGCAAAGUAGCUGGUGGUUGUUCAAAUGGUGCUGGACCAAGUGGUAACAAUGAUUCUGCACCUAAAAUUCAAAAACCUGCUAGUGACAUAUCUCAUUUGGUGCGUAAGAAACGGAAAGCCGACGAAUCAGAGACAGAAGUUGCGUCGCCAUGUAAAAAACCGACACCAGAAAAAGCUGUUUGAAUGAAUUUAGUGUAUCUAAAAUGUUCUUGGUACCUUGUUACUUGGUUUGACAUGGUGAAAAUUUGAAGAAAAAAUCUGUAUCAAAGAUAGAACUUUCAGUGUUGGACCAAAAUAAGAUAAAAAAUCAGUGAUUCCAGCAGAAAGAUUCUAUGUAUCAGGGAAAAUGUUUUAAUAGAAACAGACAGAAUAUUUUAAUUUUAUCUCUUUUAUUCAAUGAUUACAGUCAAAAAUUAUUGAAUAUAUAUUUUAUUUCUUUCUUUUUUUUUUUUUUUUUUUUUAUUAUUUCUGUAAUUCGUGUAUUUAUUCUUUAUCUAGUAAGAAAUUAGCAAUAAACAAAUUGCUGAUUACUGUCCAAAUUAUAUUCAUUUUUAAACUCUUAUUUUCUAAAACAUACUAAAGCAUUAAGAAAUAAGGCUGUUUAUGUAUAAGUCCGACUAAUAAACGUUAAAUGAUGAUUUUUUCUAAACGUGUUAUAGAUAUAAAUGUCACAUUUUAAAUAAAAUCUAUGCUAUAUUUUUCAAAUUAUAUCAUAAAAA